AUGAAACCAUCAAUACUGAGAGCCUUGGGCUCUGCUGGUCGCAGCAAUAGGUGCUGGCCAACCUCACGCAUCGGCCAUCAAUGUACCAGGACGUUUGGACAGAGCACGCGAUUGCGUUUGAGAGAGCAGUCUAAAGGCGUCACAGCUGAGAACUCGACAUCACAAGGACAACCUGCGGCGAACCUGAGUCAGACUGUGGGCAAGGAAGAGAAGGAACACUAUGCAAGGGUCGUUGAACAUAGCAAGCAGAGUCAGAUGCGCUCGCCGUGGAUGCGCGAGGGUAGUGAUAAGCCUCCUGUUGCUCGGUUGAGGUCGGCUGGUGCAAUGGUCAAAGGCAAACUCUUGACAACGCCGUCCCGGAUGCUCAAGCUCAUCCUCCCUCUUACCACUCGAGACGUAAACAAAGACCGCAAAGACGUGGAACCGUUGGCCCUACUCGUACACCCUCAACAACCACUCAGCUAUCUCGAACGCCUGAUCCAAUCCGAACUACCCGUUAUCAAGAAUGAGAGUGGAAAUGACAAGAUCCCUGCCGUCCACUUCCGCGCACAGGAUUUAGGAGAAGAAGCAAUUGAUCCGGACCGCCACCAACCCGACGAGGAAUCCGAGGACUACAACUUCGAACACUCUGAGGACUUCAAGAUUGAUGGCAAGACAGAACGCACUGGCAAGCUCAAUGAGUCGGGCGAAGUCGCAAGACCGAAAACGGUGAACCCUAUCAAAGAACCCGACCCAGAACACCCAAAUUUUGUACGCUGGUCGCCGAGUACCGAGAUUGGCGACUUCAUCAGAGAUGCUGCAAGGGGCAAGGAGUUCAGUGUUGACAUUGAGGGUGCUCCUGAACCCAUCUAUGUCGCCGUUCCGUCAUUCGCAGACCGUACCUACUACCUGCGCAUGCGUUUGCGCAAGACAGCCAAGCAAAUCUCCGGCCUGGCGGAUAUCAAGACCGAGUGUGACAAGCUGGCCCACAGGAGUGCUCAGCGGGUUGCCCAAGGAGGGUUUGCUGUGCUGGUGGGUUGGUGGGGUAGUGUCUACGUCCUCACUUUCCAGACUGAGCUGGGCUGGGAUGUCAUGGAGCCCGUAACCUAUCUUGUUGGUCUGUCAACGUUGAUUGGUGGUUACAUGUGGUUCCUCUACCACAAUCGCGAAGUCAGCUAUCGUUCCGCCAUGAACUUUACCGUCAGCAAGAGACAGGACAAACUGUAUCAGGCGAAAGGCUUUGAUGUGUCCAAAUGGGAUGGUCUGGUUGAGGAGGGCAAUCGUCUGAGAAGAGAAAUCAAGAUGGUUGCUGAAGAGUACGAUGUCGACUGGGAUGAGGCCAAGGAAGCAGGAGGCGAGAAGGUGGCCAAGGCCUUGCGCAACGAGCGUAAGAAGAAGCAAAUGGCCAAGGAUGACGAAGACGAAGAGGGAAAGAAGCGCAAGAAGUCCAAGGAGGAGGAUGACGAUGAUGACUGA